CAAAAACCGUUGGAGCCAAAAGAAAGAACACAACAGCGAGCAGAGGGCAGAUCCUCUCUUUCCCUCAUUUCCAUCUUUGACAUUCUGUUUCACAUGAACAAAGCAACCCCACACCCAAAGACCAUGAACUCCUCCACCUAACCCUUUACUCUCCCACUCGCCACUUCCCGCUCGCUCGCUCGCUCCAUCUCCCACCUCCUACAAUGGGUUGCUUAAUGGGCUGCUUCGGGCUCUCUUCCAAGCGCAAGCGCAGAAAACCACCCAGCCGAAUCCUACCCAGAGAUCAAGGAUUCGGCAGUUACGAGCAGUUGGGUAAUUCUGGGGCUAUGGAUAUCGAGUCAAAUGAGGAGAUGAUGAGGAAGCAGACGAAGAGGUCGCCUUUGAAGGGAAAGAUCAGGAAGAAAGUGAGCUUCAAUUUGAAUGUCAUGGCUUAUGAGCCGAUUUCAUCCCAAGACGAUUCGUCGUUGAGCCUUUGGGUUGGAGAUGAAGAUGGAAAGACAGAGGAAAUUGGGAACAAAAGAGGGAAAACAGUUGAAGAACCACCUCCUUCUCCUGCAGAAGAAGAUCCAAUAGCAACAAAACUGGCGUCUUACCCCUCCAAUUACAGAUAUCGAAACUGUAUCGACCACUUUGACGAAGACGAAGAUGAAGAAGAAGAAGAUGACUUUUACGGCGAGAGUGAUUUGGAUUCCGAUGAGGACUACGACGAGGAGGAGGAAAAAGAGGAAGUAGAGGGCGGUCAGCUGGGCGAUAUUGAAGAGUUGAGAAGAAGAACAAUAGGAAUUCAAGACAAACAAGUCUCACAGCCAUUCAACUCUUUGCAAGUGAGUCCAAAUUCAGGGAAAUGGCCGGAGAAGAACGACCAGAAUGCUAGGGAGAGGAGUCAGUACAUACAUUCAGUGUUGAACCCAGUUGAGAAUCUGGCUCAGUGGAAAGAAAUCAAGGCUAAAGGGAAGCAGCAACAGCAGCAGAAAAAGGAGAACACUGAGUCAAUGCUUCUUCCAGUUCAAGGAGUUGCCGUGGCUUCCAGCUUGUCAAACUGGUUAGCCUCUCCUUUAGUAAAUUGCCAACCUAAAACCGAGGUUGACAGAACCCGUGCUCGGUCAUGGAGAAGCAGAGAGGAAACAUUAGGCAUUACUGAUAUCACCAACUUAAGUACCUGAACAGGAGAAACUCCAUGGAAUGUUAUCUGAUGGAGUCAGCAUGAAGCUUAGUGUGAAUUAAGGCCUUUGGUCGAUACAGUUGUUGGUUUGUUAUGAUGAUGUUGAUUGGUGGCUCUGUUGCGAGAUUCUUUGAUUCAUUUGGCUUUUGUGAAUUGUGAUUGUUGUCUUGUAGAAUCAUUCUUUUGUAAGUUAUUGGAAGCCUGUCGUGUGGUGUUUUUCAUCUUCUGUUUCUGCAUCUGGUGCUCUCCUUCAUUUCGUUCUCAGAACCAUCAUUCUGAACUGAAUUAUUGUUGCUUGUGGAGAACCUAAUUCAAAGUAAAAGAGAGUUACUGUGGAUGGCAACAGUUUCCAAAUAUUCUCAUUCGGUCAUGACAAGGUAUGAUUUUUCACAGCAUCACUCUGCAAGCAAGAUUCUCGAACAUGUGGUUCCGGAAGGAAUCGCAUAAACUUGGAAUUAACUACUACGAAAGGAACUCAGUUAAACAGACAAGAGGAACGCUUUGGAAGUAAUUCUCGAGUGAUCUAUAGAUGUUGAUACACAAUAUGCACAAAUUCUGGCAAGUAUGCCAGCAAAGUUCACUUUCAGUUUCUAUUGCUACCCUUCUUUCUAUAUGACAGAUCAGAGUUGAUGCAUGACUUUCUGCCUCCGCUCAAGUAAUAAGAUCCAUGCAAAUGGCAGCUGCCUGGAAAAAUCUCUUGAAUACUUUCAUCACAGUUCUGGUAUGCCGCUCUAUUAUUAUUGUCAGGAUGAGAACCAUAAACUGCUUGAUUGAAUCAUGGUUGACUUGUAUGACAAGAAUUUGGACCUUUGAUUCCACCAGAGGACUGUCAAAAUUGUAGCCGCACAGGAGAGUGUGGUUUUGUGAUGUUCUCUAGUAGUCAAUAGUCAUCUAGAGAUUGCUGAGUACUGCGUUACUUGGUGGUGGUGGUGGUGGUGAGAUGAUAUCUACAUUAUGGUACACAUACAAGCAUCUGAAUCCUCGUCAUCUGAGUCAGCAUCACUGGAGUCAUAAACAUUUAAACAAAAGGAGAUUUAGGAGCAUGAUAGUGAACUAAGAUCAAAACUGGAGAACGGCAAUUCAAACUACAAUCAAUAGUGUAAAAGUAAUAAAGAAGAUGAUGAGUUUUGAACUCUGAAGGCAUCAAUGAACUCUUACUAGUACCAUACACCCUAACAGAUUCAGUUUUUGUUCAAAUCACCCAUGCGCUUAUUUCAAGUUUAUAGUACUGCAACAAAAGGACAGGGCUCACUCACUAAAGGGAGUUGCUUGAGAAAUGUGGUGAAAAGAGAAGCAGGAGUACGUUGAGACACAAGGAGAAUAAAGCAAGCAAGUUAAG